AUGAAGGUCCAGCCAGACUUCCAGAAACAAGAGCCAUGGAUUGACGAGACCAUUCACAGUCGAGGCCACAAGGUUAUCUUUCUCCCCAAGUUCCACUGCGAGCUGAACUUCAUCGAACGAUUUUGGUGCGACGCCAAGCGAUACACCAAAGAUAUGUGCUUCAACAGUUUCCAAAAUCUCCUGCCUCCCCCGUACAACAUGGCCAGCAAACCCAUCAUCCGUCCCGCUCCUGAGCGCCCGUCCUGGUACAUCGCGCCCAGCGACAUCACCGACCGCUCGGCCAAACCCAUCGGCCGUGGUGGCUUUGGUGAGGUCUAUACUGGCUCCUACUUUGGUACCAAAGUUGCCAUCAAGCAGCUCCUCGGCUUCUGCAAUAAACGCCAGCUCGCUGAGUACAACCAUGAAAUUAGCAUCUGGAAGCAACUCAGCUACCCGCAUGUCCUCCAGCUCAUCGGCGCCUGCGACCAAGACGAAGACGGGAGUCCUGUUCCUCCCUUCAUGGUCUCGCCCUUCAUGCCCAACGGCACCCUUCGCAACCAUGUUGCCAAUAACAACGUCCCACUCAAGGAGAAGCUCCGUCUCCUCUUCCAAGCUGCCUCGGCUCUGGCAUACCUCCAUUCCCGCCGCAUCAUCCACGGCGAUCUCAAGGCCCUGAACAUCCUCCUGGAUGCCUCAUUCAACGCCGUCGUCACCGACUUUGGCAUGUCCCGCACCAAACACACCUCUGCCUCGCUGGACCGCAACCGAUCCAUGGGCCCGACCGGCGGUACCGAUGGUUACAUUGCCCCCGAGAUGCUGGACGACGAUGAUCCCAGUGGCACCACCAUGAAGACCGAUGUCUACGCCUUCGCCAUCACAAUGUAUGAAGUCCUCAACGAUGCCAAACCCGUAUGGGUCACCAGCAACGGACAAGCCAUGCUCGGCCGAGUUAUUGAACGCAUUUCAUGCAACGGCAAGCGCCCCAAGCGUCUCGAUGGCAUCCCCGACGAUAUCUGGGCUCUCAUCGAGCGCUGCUGGUCCCAAGAUCCCGCCGCCCGCCCUGCCUUCACCGACAUCCUUGCCGUCCUCCAGCCAUACAACCGUGCCGCCGUCCCUGCUCUCGCCGUUCCCGCCGCCGCCAAGUCCCCUUCCGUCAGUCAGGUUGUUGGUCAUUUCACCACUCUCAGUGUGAACAACCAACCCACGUCCCAGUCCAGUCGACCCGACGAGCUCAAGUUUGAUGGCAUCGACGAUGCCGUCCAUAUCCCUGGCACCAUCGUCUCCGACGCCAAGCAAGGUGAUCCCGAUGCCUGUCUCGAAGCCGCCAAGUUGAUCUCGGAGGGUCUCCCUGCCCGCCACCAAGAUUGGAAGCUCGUCGGCCAGCUCUACAAGACCGCUGCCGACCGCGGCAAACUCGAAGCAUCCUUCCAGAUGGCCUGGCUCGCGUUCCUGGGUGAGGGAGUGGCCAAGAACGACCGCAGCGCCUUCUGGCUCUGGCAGGAAGUGAGCACCAAGUCAGAUGACAAGGUCCUCAAGCCCAUAGCCACGCAUAUGGUCGGAUGGAUGCACUACCUCGGCAGGGGUACCCAGCAGGAUAAACAGAAGGGUAUCAAGAUCAUCCGAGACAACAAAUCGUAUGAGUUCACACUUGGGGAAAACGAAUGUCUGGCCAAUUGGAACUCGGCCGACUCCGACUCACCCGCAUCCCGGAGGUUCUUCAAGUUGUGCCAAUUGGGAUCGGAACAUGACUGGCUGUGCAGGCAUCUCAUGGCCGUGUGCUUGUUUCAAGGAUUUGGAACCACACAGGACCAGAAGAAGGCAAUCGGCAUAUUCGAGCAGCUCGCCAACGAAGGCCACAGCGACAGCCAGUUUUGGAUCGGAAUGUGCUACCUCCAUGGCGGGGGAGUAUCUGAGGGCCGCAAGAAGGCAUUCGAGUGGUUUCGCAAGUCGGCUGACCAAGGCAAUUCGUAUGGGCAGUGCUGGGUUGGUUUUUGCUACCGCCUUGGAUACGGAGUUACCCAGGACCGCACCAAGGCAGCCGAGUGGUUCCGUAAGUCGGCCGACCAGGACAAUCGAUACGGACAGUUUUGGCUCGGUUACUGCUAUAGGAGUGGGUAUGGUGUCCACAAGAACAUCGAAACCGCCGUUUUCUGGUAUAGCAAGUCCGUCGACCAGGGUUUCCAAGAUGCCAUCGACAAACUCAAAGAACUCGGCAAAUGA